AUGAAGCACAAUCAUAAAUUAACCUUAUUGGAAGUACGAAGUAGUUGGGAACAAGAACAAAAAACGUGCGUGGAAAAUUUAAAGAAAAUACAUGUGAUAGAGAAAGAAAAAGAAAUAGAAGCCACUAAGAAAAAGCAGUGGUGUGCUAACUGUAGCAAGGAGGCUCAUUUUUACUGCUGUUGGAACACAAGCUACUGCAAUCACUCCUGUCAACAAGCUCAUUGGCCCAUUCACGUAAACACUUGCAGUCAGACCCGUGAAAGUUUCAUGACUUCUCUCCCAGAUACAAGCACCUAGUUGUGUACAUUAGUCUAGUAAAGACCUGAACCUCUUCUUAGUUUCAGUUUCAAGGAUUACCAAGUUUGAUGUUCACUGAAAGAUGUUAAGUUAUUGAUAUUGUUCUUCUUCAAACAUUAUGAUCAAUAAACCUGAACGAUGGAGAUAUGUCUGUAACACUAGAUUUCUGUUUUCUUUAGUUUGUUAUACCUAAAUAACUCUUAUUUCCAACAGCUUGAUUACGUUUUAAGGUUUACGUAACUGUGUGUACCGUUCUGUUACACGAGUUGAACAAUAAAUGUGAACUCAAAUCACAGAUAGAUGCGUGUGCUCCAGUUUUUAGUAGACAUAUGGUAGAUGUUUCUGCUGUUAUAACUCGUGCAUCAUGAUUUAUAUGCACUGAACUAUAUAUGUGUGUGUGUGUGUAGUAUAUAUAUAUAUAUAUAUAUAUAUAU